AUGUUCAGUAUAAUUACUACUACUACUACUACUACUACUACUACUACUACUACUACUACUACUACUACUACUACUACUACCACUACUACUACUACCACUACUACUACUACUACUACCACUACUACUACUACUACCACUACUACUACUACUACUACUACUACUACUACUACUACUACUACUACUACUACUACUACUAUUACGCGUAAUACCAUGACUACUACUAUUACAACGACUACUGGUAGGGCUACGACUACUACUAGGACUAAGACGACUACAAAUACUACUGAUAUUACUACUGAUAAUAAUCCUAAUAAUAACAUUACUUAA